AUCAUGACUACCACAAAUCAAAAACCCGCGCAGUAGAAAGGGAACCAUUGUCGUGGAAAGUCACGAUAGGACAGUGCCGCCGGGUUUGCCGUUUCGCUGGUGUAGUGUUUUAAUUGCCUGUAAGGUUGAUCGUGAUGAUGGCGAUAGAAAAAGGCGAAGCUGGUGGUGUAGCAUAAAUUUUGCCAACACUACAUUAACGUUGGAAGUUAAGCUUAAGGGUAGUUUUGUGCGUUACUGUACAAAGUUGGAAGAACCGUGUGACCGAUAUUUAAAAGUAUGAUAAAAAAAUAAUCUAUACGAAAGGUAACUGUCCGAUAACCGUUAGCCGGAGAUAGCUAAGCCCCAUAGCCAUGACAGUGUAAAAGUUGGUCAAGAAAUUGGGCUGCACUCGGGUGCGUUGCUGAGUUUUCCCCCGUUUCGGACAUAACCUAACCGCACAGUGAGUGUGCCCCGUAAUCCAUGAUCGGGAAACAGAUGUGCCAAUAGUGCGCGGUAUGGCGUGCAUUUGAUGUUCUAUUUUUGUCCCAAACCGACAUCGAUCGUGCUGCUGGACCGCGACAUAACAUCUGAUUGGGUUCGACAGCGACCAGUAUAAACAAUCGGCGUGAUCAACAACUAAUGCUAUAAUUGUGAAGGGAGGGUGGUGUUCAACAUCUGCGUCGGUUGCUACAGUUCCGGUUUGGCGAAGCGGGAGCUAACCCAACAACGGCAUGAUUUACGAUGGAGCGUGUGGACAAAAUCUAUCACUCGUCCAAAAAUUUUAUGUUCAAAUACAUCAUAGCGCUACUCUGGACCGGCUUCAACUUUGUCGUGUUUUGUAAAGCGUUCAGCAACUAUCACCAUGACGAGGAGUACUAUUAUCUGAGCCGAAUUCUUGGGAAUGGCUUGUGUGUUUCACGUGGGACCGCUCCCGUGCUGAAUGUGACCAUGGCCCUGAUAACACUGCCCACGUGCAAAACGUUCAACCUACUGCUGCACAAACUGUUUGGUCGAUUCUCGACGCGUCUGCUGGUUCACUAUCUGGAGAAAACCAAGGUGCUGCAUCUGAUAUUGGGUUACAGUUUGCUGAUAGUUGCGAUUGUACACAGCGUAGCCCAUUUCGUGAACAUAGUCAACUUUGUGGACAAUUACGACGAACGCUACCGGGAGAUCAACUGGGCAAAUGGACCAGAUGACAACAUCCUGCGACUGCUGUUCGCCACACCGACAGGGUUUUCUGGCUGUAUCAUGCUGCUAACGCUCGGUGCGAUGGCUUACCUAGCCCGACGAUCGAUACGCGAUCGGUUUUACAACAGUUUCUUUACCUCGCAUCAUCUGUUUCUCGUAUUCUACGGGAUGAUGUUUUAUCACCCGUUGAGCAACAUCAUCAAACAUCAAACAAACACCGACAAGCACCGGAUUGCGUGCGAUCUGCUCGAUAACGCAACGCUGCACAGCAACGAGGACCUGCUGGUACUGUGCCAGGAGCCACCCCAGUUCGGUGUCGGUGUAAAGCGGGCCUGGAUCUGGCCGCUGGCAGGACUGCUGAUCUAUCUGGUAGACGUUUCGCUUCGCCAUCUGUCCUCGCACUCGGACCGCUACCGGGUAGUGACCGUUCAAACGUACGCCAUGACAGGACAUGCGGUUCAUCUACGGUUACAGUUUUGUAGCAAGCUGGCCGUUAAGAUCAUCGCCGGUCAGUACGUGCUGUUGCAGUGUCCAGCCAUUUCAACACUCGAGUGGCAUCCAUUCACGAUCACGGAGCUUCCUGCCGAGGGUCGAAACGAUUUUACGCUCACGAUCAAGGUGCGGGGUGAUUGGACCGAGGAGCUGUACGACCGCGUCGUACAAAGGGAGCAAUGCAAGCGGACUCUGGGCGGUGUCGAUCCGUACCGGCGCAUAGAGUUCCUUCUCGAUGGACCGUACCCGUCGGUCAUGAGCAAUAUGAUCGACUGCAAGAGGAUUCUCUUUAUCGGAGCUGGCGUUGGCAUUACACCGUUUGUGACCAUUAUGCGGAUGCUGUUAAGUACAAACGUUGAUCGGCCGGCACGCGUUCAUCUCGUUUGGAUCGCACGCAGUCUGGAAACGUUCCUGUGGUUUGCGGACGAAGUGGCCCGCUUGCAGGAGAAGUUCUGGAGCCAAAACAAACCGGACCGCUUUUGGGUGAAGCUGUACUGGACGCAAAACUAUGACGAACAUCUGCUAGCGGAAUGCUUUGGCGAUAUGCCAUCGAUCAAGUCGCGCAUGCACCGGGGCCGACCGAACUGGAACGACAUCUUUAUCGAUCUCGUUACACUCUAUCCGAAAAAAUCGGUAUCCGUGUUUAGCUGCGGACCGAAGGAACUGACGAAAGAGAUUCGCCUCAAGUGCAAAGAGUACAGCAAGCAUGGCUGCAAGUUGAGCUACUUUCACGAAGGAUUCGGAUAGUGGGUUUGGUAGUGCUGGACGGCGGUUCUAGUUUCGUAGGAAUGCUAAUUUUAGUUUAAUUUGUUUGACACAUAUACAAAGUCAAGAACUCAUGUGACGUGUGUGUGUGUGUAGUGUGGCUUUGGAUAGAUAGUAAAUCGAAUGUCUGAAGCUUUGCCAUAAGAAGGAAUAAAAAUAGAACCAUCCCAUUCGGAUCUCACACGUGUUCUGAGGCAGGUUCUGCCACAAACGAGGGCUCUGGUAAGCUUAUCCCGUCCGAGUUGCGCUCAGUGUGCUCAAGGAUGUUGACGCUUAAGUAUCUUUCCAUUAGACCGUACUUCGAAACGCCCCAGGAAGCUAUCGAAUGGGAUAAGCUUCAAAAAAUGAUUGCAACCGUGAAACAGUUUCACGACGACUUUGAUCGCAUCGUGCUCCACAAGGACGUUUACCGGACGUUCUUUUAC